UAUAUUUCAAUAGAUGUAUACAUAAAUACGUGAGAUCAUUUGUUGUUAGACGUAAUAAAACGUUUUGAAGAAAAUAUCGACGAUGAUUAGGAGUUUACAAAUCUGUAUAGUAUUGUUUGUGGUCCCUACUGAUGUUUUAUCAUACAAGUUGAGAUGUCCGACGGCAUCAGAAUGGUACCUCAGAUCAAAAAGCAAUUGCACAGAGAAUCCCGAAAUAUAUUUUUGUUUAUACUAUACAUUAGCAAAAGGCUAUGUAGAAGGAUGUUCCAAACACGAUUAUGGUAGACCAGGGCAUAAAUUAGUUAUUGCUGGAAGAUAUCCUACAAGAAAACCAUGCGCAAUUAACAGUUAUCAACCGUUAAAGUUUAUACCAAACAGAAUUAGCGAUUGCUUGCUACAAAAAUCGUUAUGUUCAGAAGAAGGACAAAUGUUAUUUGAAGAAAGUACAACAAGAAAAGAUAGAAUGUGUAAAUGUGAUUACAGGAAGAGUUAUAUUUUUGUUACAAAACCGAACAAUCUUUGCUAUUGCAUACCAUCUGAAGAGGACUGCUCAUGUAUCAUAAAACAUUGCGGUGUAAAUUUUACAUUAUCGCCAGGCAAGUAUUGUCAAAAGGAUGAACGAAGCAAUAUGAAAAUCAUUUAUACGAAUAAAAAUUAUACAUGUAUUUAAAUCUAUCUGGAAAACGUAAAUAUAAUCCUUCUUUCAUGAUUUUUUCAAAUAAUUCAACUUAUAUUGAACGAAAAAAGAAUAUCUUUCACAUCAAGUUGCAAACGUUCCAGUCUAGUUAAAAAAAGAAUUUUAAAAAUGAUAAUGACCGAAAUCAAGAAGUUUUUUUUUUAUAAAAAUCAAGAUUGGUCUGUUACCUUCUGUCGACAAUUGUUGACAACAUAGUUCAACUAUUCUCUCGCUAGAACAUUCUUAUCUUUCAAUUAAUCUCCUUAUUUCUUUUCAGAAGUAUGUUAAAAAUGUUAGAAAACACGACAGAAGGAAUUAAACGCAUAAGACACAGUACAGUCAAAACUAUGAAAAAAAAAACACAAAACUUGAGCAACAUGAAUCCAGAUAUUUUGGAAGAGUAGGCAAAAAGGACUUCUGUGUUGAGGAAGUCUGGUCAUCCUUCUCCCCAUACAAUAUUGCAAGAACAACUUGUUAACAGUAAUGUUUUGAUAUAUGCAUUAUACGUACGUUCACUUAAUUACAAUAUGUGAACAAUUAUAAAUGAAUCAAUGACAUUGAUCUAAUGAGCAGUGCUUUGCAGGAGACAACCUGCACUCAAUUGCCCAACAAGAACCAAACUGAGAUUGGAAUUACGUACAAAUAUUUCAUCCGAAUCUAAUACAAAUAUACAUCAUACGUUGACUGAUGCGUUGAUAAUAUAGAUUUUAAAUCACAAAAUGAAGUGUGCAAAAAGAAAUGAGGAAAAUGAAACAAAAAAGUAAAAUUAUUUUAUUAUUUUUUUAUUACCGAUUUACCAAUUUUUUUUCCAGAUUAUACGUGCAUACACCAAGCUGAAUUUUUUGAUAGAACGGUUAAUAACUUGAUGUGUUCGCCUAUACAACACAUGACAGACGAAGUCACGGAGUUUUACAUUUCAAACAGUACGAAUUAUACCGAAAUAGUCACAAGAUUGUAUAAAAGUAGUGAGAGGACAUUUCAAAUCGUUGCUGUUAUCAGUUCAAUCGCCAUUACUACGACACUGAUAAUAUUGCUAGCCACGAAAGGAAAAUGGAUUGACAAUCUUUCUUGUAUUGUUGCAUGUAGAAAAUGUUUGAGUGCCCCUUUAAUAACUGAAGAUGAAUGUAACUAUUUAAAAACUGUUCACUUGCUGCAUAGUGUUGCUUUGAUUUCCGUAAGAGUGAAGUUUGACCAAAAGAUAAAUCCAAACGACUUAGAAACUGUCCUCAUAAAACAUUAUAAUUCUUUACUCACACUAAAGAAUAAAAUGCGCAUCACCCAACAGGAUUGGCUGCUUCUUUUUCCGAAAAAAGGAGAUCACCCAAAAUCAACAGACUUCGAUUUGGGACUUUUGAUGAUUUUAAUACGAAACUUAACUGAUCUAAAGAUUGGAAAGCAGUUGCCGCUUGCAACCGAAAAAAGUAAUAGUGCAGAUUUGACGCGUAUCAAUCAGUACAGAAAAAUAAUUUUGAAAAGAUGCCCAGGUACACUUUCUGCAAAAGAUUUUACAUUAUAUUGGGACGACAUAAGCCGGGCAGUUAUAAGACUUGCGGGAAAUCAGCUAUUGGAACCUAAAAUGACAGAAGACAUGCAGUUAAACAGACUCAAAGAUUGUCUUUAUGCUUUAACUCCAGUGCGGAUUGAAGAUGAUCGUUUUAUAAAAUUAACAAUUCUUUCAUACAAAUAUGCCGCUAACAUUAUAAUGAAAAUAAUUCAGCAGUUUUAUGCAACCGUGGAGUGUGAAAACUUAAUGGAGUUUUUAGACAAAGAAAAACAUCACUUGUUCCAUAAACGCAAGAAAACAUUCGAAUGCCGCUCUUGUGAAAAUAAAACCUUUGAUAAAUCAAUUAUGGAAUAUGAUUGGAAUAGAUUUUUCAAGGAAAUUAAUAAUGGGAAGCAUUCGCAUGAAGGUAAAGAUCUCGACAAACGAUGCCCAGAAUAUUUUUCUGCAAAGGAGUUAGAUGAACAUAAUAUUCAUGUAUCAUUAGGAUGUUAUUUGAUAGCUAAUAUUGAUGAUUUGUACUCAAAUGCCUUAGAAAAGUUGAAAAAUGUUGAUAGUCAUUCAUGGCAUAACAUAUUCAUAUGCAGACAUGGAUGUGGAGGAGAAACUAGCAUAGACCCAUUUUGCGCUUUAAAAGUCAUGAGAAACAGAUUGGUAAAAGAUACAUUAAACGGCAAUUUAAGUGAACGUCAAUUCAACACAGUUUGGGCGCAGAUGUCAAGUGGUUUAUUUGCUUGUUUACAAUGCAUCAAGGAAGAAGAUUUUACAAGAAAAAUGAAAACAGAAAUAAAAGGACUCCGAACUAAGAACAUCAAUAAAACAGAAUGGAAUGACUUUUUAAGCAGUCUGCCGGAGUGGAUUCUCAACGACAUAGAUCUUGAAGAGAGAAGUGACGAAUUAACAAUUUUCUUAAAGAUUCUUUCAAAUGACGUUAAGAGUUCGUCUCAAGGUUACAGAUUGCGAAAAUUAACUGAUCGGAAGCAUUUAAUGAAAAGCUGCAGAUAUAUCAGUGAUGUCACACAAAAGGAAACUUAUUAUCUUAGAGUUGUUCACCUUUUAUUGACGGUUGCAUCGAAAGCAGUAAGAAAACAGUUUGAUAGAACUUUUAAACCAUCCAAGCUAGAACAAACACUGAAUCAUCAAAAACAAACAGUGCUGGAAUUAAAAAAAGAUAAAUUAUUAAGUGAUUCUCAAUGGAACCUCCUUUAUAGUCCCGUAGGUGAACUUACGUCAGCAGAUUUAGACUUUGAUUUGCUGAUUUUUCUGCUUAAGCAUCUAGAAAACAUUAAUAUACCCGAGAAUAUUCCCUCCAAAAAGAGCAUUAAUCCAGGUUCAGAUUUGGCUCGCAUUGUAAUCUACAGAAGACGAUUGAUGAAGAAAAAGGAUGGUGCUUUGACAGAGUCUGAAUUUAAAAAGUACUGGGAUGAUGUUUCAUCGGCCAUAACACGAAUUGGCGGUAAAGAUUUCGAAAGAAUAUGUUACCGUCUGGAAAAUGAAGACAAUCUACUUGAUAAUUAUUUGAAUAUAUAACAGAUAAGCAGCAAACAUUUAAAAUGAACAUGGGAAUGGAAUCCUUUUUUUCUCUCGUUACAAACUUUUACAGAACAACAGUAUAAUGGUACAACAACAAGACAAACGAGUAAACUUAUCAGUUAAUUCGUCGGGGAAAAUGUGAUGUAUCAAAAUACUAGAACAAAAAUGUAUCUAUGAUCAUACUAGACUGUGAUAUUUUGUUUGUACAUAUAAUGACAUGUAAUAAUUUUGUCAAGAAGUAGUAGCAUAACUAUCAUGGAUUAUGCACAUUGGUUUUACAAAUCUAGAAAUGACAAGACUUAGACCAAAACACAUUUGUUUUAACCUUCCUUUUGUCAUCAUCUUCUUUGAUGCUGCAAACAGCUUCCCCUAAAUUAUUCGUGUCGAACAUAACUUUACCGCAGGAUCGCCAACCUCUCUGACAAUGAAGAUAACUAUGUUCGUUUUUGUUUAAUCUGUUUGAAUAAAUACAGCCAAAUUCACUAUGAAAAAAUACUUUGGUUUCAUAUCUGGGCAGAAUAUCGUCAUUUUUACAUAAAGGCUGGUAUGGGUUUAGAUAGUCGUCCUUUUCAAUAAUAAAUCCAAAUGAUGUUGAGGAUGAAUUCUUAGUUUCUCCGUGACUUCCACAUACAUAUUUUGAUGAUCUAUUUGUAUACGGUAAGUGAUGCUGUGGAGGAUUUUCACUACAAUCAGAAGAAUUAGAUCUGCUAACAUUUAUUACCUCAAGAUAUUCUGCUUUCACUAUAUCUUUAUUUGUAAUUUGAUUCAGAUUGUUCUCAUCAAUUAUAUCAUAUAAACUUUCAUCCACUUCAAUAUUUUCAUUUCUGUUUUCCUGUAAAUCCUCUAUCAUUCCGACUUGUUGAAUGUUUGUCAGCGUAUGCGAUCUAGACCUAUGUUUCCGUUGUAUGAGAGCGCAAAUUGCUAUCACAAGGAUUAAUACUAGAGCUGAUAGGAUAUAGUACACCAUUAUCUCCCUUCUUGAAAAACCUUUUAAACAUUGUAAACAUAAUCGUUAAGAAUAUAAAUAAAAUGGAAUGUCAUUACUGGGCAGCAAUACCUUACAACAUCAUAUCUAAAUAUUCAGUUUAAAUAAAAGGAAAUGAGAGGUAUAUACGUUGCAUUAACAAGACACCAACUUUCUAAUAAAAAAGACACAAAAUCCUACAUAGAAAAAAAUAAAAUUUAUAAACACAAACUUAACUAAAGAUCAGAAUGAACUCAAUGGUUCUGAAACGGGAAGUUUUUACUUCACUACUAGAGGCAAACAAAGAUGUUGCACGCUAUGUUGUGCUAAGAAUAUCUGCAAUCUAAAGUACCGGGAAAAAGAAGUAGUAUGAAAUAUGAUAAUUAUGAUAGAAAUAGAGAAAAAGGUUCUCAAAGAUGUUAUCUACUAGUAUUAAUCAAUUGAAUAAAACAAAUUGUCAGUUGACUCGUUCCGGAGUUAUUGCCCUUAAAUGACAAUUUUUACCCAAAUUUUGCUGUUUUUUUAUGCAUUAAUCUUGAAUCUAAAUUACACAUAGAGAAAUUGUAGACAGCAAAAAUUAAUAACAGUAGACGAGUUGCAUAUAAGUCAGCAUCGUAGGAGUUAUUAUCCUAAAGUAAGAAUUGUUAUCAAUUGUUUUGCAAGUUUUGGAUAUUCUGGUGAAAACUAUAUAACAGACCGAUUUAGGGUGUUAGAUGAUGAUGAUGAUGGAUGACCAUUUCAAGGCAAGUGGCAAAUUAAAUUGAAAUUCAGGCCGAAAACAUGUUAAUGUGAUAUGAAUAUGACUUCUGCUUUACUAAACUGACACACUGAGCCGGAUGUUUAAUGUGAUAGUUCACAAGCUAACAGUCCACAGAAAGACAUGUCAACCUACCCGGACACAUUCUUCUGACUGCGGAUAGACUAGUUUUUGCUAUUACUCCUUUAUGCUGUGUAAUUAGCGAUGAGGCAGCGCAUACCAAUUUUUAAGUCUUUGGAUCAACCCGGCUUAGGAGUCGAGCCUUUGACUUCCGGCACUUGAGGUGAGCACGAGACCAUCCAGGUGGUUGAAGCCGUAAGAGCCUCAGUUUUAAGUCACAACAAAUUGUGUAAAAAGGUAGUUAUUUUGCUUUAAUGGAUACAUAUAAAUGUAAAAUAAUGAAAUAAAAUAUAUCAACACAGUGA